CCAAAAAAAGAAAGCGGCCGCACCCCUUCUCUGUUCCCAACUUCCUGCCCCUCCUGUCUCUCCCCCUUUCUCCGCCUCCGCCGCCACCACGGAGGACGCGACGCGGCCCCCCCGUGAAUGCCGAUGACCGCGGUCUCACAGGAGGAGCUCCCCCAGGAGGCAGGGGCCGCUAACGAUGAGAUGCAGGAGAGGGAGGGGGUCGACGCCGAUGUGCGGCUGUUACCGGACCAGGUGCUGCGGGAGAAGGCCCGGCGCAUUCAGGAUAUGUUUGACAAAGGAACGGCCGGCCGCCUCUCGGACCGCGGCAAGAAGUUGCGCUUGUCGCUCGAUGCCAUGCACCGGGAGCUCAAUCGCCGCCAGGCCCCCCGCGGCGGCGCACGAGCGCCGGGUGGUGAUGGAUGUGAAAGGAUAGUACUAUCAAACUGUGCUGAAUCAUCUGAUACAAGGAAGGCAAGUCAUCGCCACCAUAUGGAUCAAGUAGGGAGAAAGCCUGGAUCUGGUUUGCAUAGUGACCCCAAUAGAACUAAACUAUCAAAGGCGGAUUUCCAGUGUUCAUUCGGGAUGGAUGAAAAGGCAGAUGUCGACAUAUCUUGUUUGGAAAUAACUAGGAGCAGGAAUGAGCCUAACGCUUCAGUAGAGAAUGAGGGAAAGUUGUGCAAAGAGGAAGAUUCUUGUAAACCCUCUUCAGAGCCUACAAAUUUAUUUAUUGAAGAGUUGCAUGGGGACACCUCAUCCAAUACAGAGAAGAUAUCUUCUUAUGAUGCAUCUAAUAACAAUGACCGCAAUAGGAUAUGUGAAGCGACUCCUACGCCCACUCGUAAAAGGAAGGGAGCUGAUCCAGCUAACUUUUCAAUGCGAUUGAGAUCAAGAAAGGAAGAGGUGGUUCUCCUUGAUGGAGACACACCCCAUCCAGAUUCUGCUGAAGGAACAUCCAAUAACCGGGAUGCAAAGAAGCUAUACUAUCCUUCAAGGGAACACCCGAAUUCUGUUGAGAUAUCUUCUGAUGACAUCAGAUGUCUCCAGCCUGAAUCAUUGCUGUCCUCACCUAUAAUGAACUUCUACAUUAUGUAUCUACAGGGACCAAUGUCACCGAUUAGUAGACCAAGAAGCGAGUAUCACAUUUUCAACACAUACUUCUUUAGCAAGCUUGAAGCCAUGACAUCAAAGGAGGACAAGACCACUUAUUUUUUGAAGUUGAGAAGAUGGUGGAAGGGUGUAGAUAUAUUUGAAAAGGCAUAUAUGUUGUUGCCUGUGCAUGCAGAAACACAUUGGAGUCUCGUAAUUAUAUGCAUGCCAACAAAAGAAGACCAAGCAGGUCCCAUCAUACUUCAUUUGGAUUCUCUGAAGUUUCAUAGUAGCAGAUUGAUUUUCAGUGUUGUUAGCAGAUUCCUUAAGGAAGAAUGGAACUACCUGAAUGAAAAUGUUUCAUCAGCAGAAUGUCCCUUACGAGAAACCGUGUGGAAGAACUUUCCUCGUAAAAUUGAAAAGAAAACAAUUGAGGUGCCGCAGCAGCAAAAUGAUUAUGAUUGUGGCCUGUUUGUGCUGUACUAUAUGCAGCGGUUUAUUCAGGAGGUGCCUAAAAGGCUUCAGAAGAAAGAUCUUUCUAUGUUUGGCAAACGGUGGUUUCGGCCUGAAGAGCCAUCUCAGCUUAGAGAUGAAAUCCGCCAUUUACUCCAGAAGUGCAGGGAAGCCGAUCCUAAGAGCUAUGCAACUGAGUUGUUUGGGGAAGCUGAACCCAAGAAUGAUGUGACCGAGCCACUAACGUCAGAGCACCUGCAAGAGACAGUUGAUGCUGCCACAGCAAAAGACCAUGCUUUGAUUGAAAUUGAAGAAACUUGCAGUUGCGACUGAUGCUCCCGGAACAGGCUAACCGACUGCUGACUCUAGAUUUUCCUGGGAUAGAUCGCCCCUGUGAACAUUUUAGGCAUAUGUGCUGUGUGAGGAGGAAACUUGAGGGUGCUUGUAUAUAAUCCUGUACUAAUAGUGUCCAGAAAAUGCCUUGUGUAUUGUGUAUAGUUCAUUACAAAAAAAAUGGAGGCAUAGUUGCCCAGUGCCUCAUGAACCGCGCACACCUGUUGCCA